AUGGGCUGUGUGAAUAGUACAGAUCAACAUGCUAAGCUUCGUUCGAAGCAUAUCGAUGAACAGUUGAAAGCUGAUGGUGAACGUGCGGCACGUGAAGUCAAAUUAUUGCUGUUAGGAGCCGGUGAAUCUGGAAAAAGUACGAUUGUGAAGCAGAUGAAAAUCAUCCAUGAGACCGGCUAUAGUGAUGAAGAACGGAAACAAUAUCGGCCGGUUGUUUUCAGUAACACUAUACAGUCAAUGGUGGCUCUUCUUCGUGCAAUGGGUACUUUGAGAAUCGACUUCAAAUCACCAAGUCGUAUUGAUGAUGCACAGCAAUUCUUCAAUAUUAGCCAAACUUGUGACGAGGGUGAACUUCCACCCGAUCUAGCGAGUGUUAUGAAACGGUUAUCUCGUGAAUAUCAGCUGAACGAUUCUGCUCCAUAUUAUCUCAAUUCAUUGGAACGUAUUGCCCAACCAAACUAUAUUCCUACGCAGGACGAUGUAUUACGCACUCGAGUCAAAACAACUGGCAUCGUGGAAACACACUUUACGUAUAAGGAUUUGCAUUUCAAAAUGUUUGAUGUUGGUGGGCAGCGUAGCGAAAGGAAAAAAUGGAUUCAUUGUUUUGAAGGCGUUACUGCCAUCAUUUUCUGCGUCGCAAUGAGUGAAUAUGAUAUGGUAUUGGCUGAGGAUGACGAAAUGAAUCGUAUGAUAGAAUCCAUGAAGCUAUUCGACUCAAUCUGCAAUAACAAAUGGUUUACGGAAACUUCCAUAAUUCUUUUCUUGAAUAAGAAAGAUCUUUUCGAGGAGAAAAUCAAGCGAUCUCCAUUAACGCGCUGUUUCCCUGAGUAUACUGGGUCGAACACAUAUGAAGAAGCAGCUGCCUAUAUGCAGAUGCAAUUUGAAAAUAUGAAUAAGCGAAGGGACGGUCAAAAAGAAAUCUACACACAUUUCACGUGCGCUACGGAUACUAACAACAUUCGAUUUGUGUUCGACGCAGUCACGGAUAUCAUUAUUCGUGAGAAUUUACGCCAAUGCGGUUUAUUCUGA